AUGGCAUUCAAUGGCAUCCGAGAUCUUGAGUCCGAGAAACAACUCUGGUCAGGGCAUUGUCGCGUCUCCAGGGCAUGGUUGGGUGUUAAUGUGACGACUGAUAAAGUCCUGCAUUUCGAUCUCAUCUUGAUGGAUGCCAAGGGGAAUGAUAUAUGGGUGCAUAUCCCACCAGUGCUGCAAGAACACUUCAAACGAUUGCUGAAGGAACAGCAGGUCUACACCAUAAAAAACUUUGAGCUUCACACGACCCAACUGAAAUAUCGCCCCAUUGCCAAUACAUAUAUCAUGUCGUUCUCCCGGAAGACUACUGUUGAGCAUGUUCCCGAUGUCCCUUCCAUUCCUGCCUUCAAAUUCAAAUUCCUCAAAGCAAGCAUUACUUAUGUUGUCAAACCUAAGCCUACAUUGUUUUACAGAGGGGAUGUUGUCAAAGUUAUUAUCUGGGGAAGAGUUGUAGCUGACUUUGAUAAGUUGAUCAAGCCUGGUGAUGAUGAACAAGUCAUACUGGUUGUAACUGCGGUUUCUGUCAAACCCUUCCUAGGUGAACUUUGCUUUAAUUCUUCGGGUUCAACAGUGUUGUAUCCCAACCUUGAUAUCCCAGAAGUAAAGGCUUUCACAACCAGGAAUGUGCAACCACAGCAGCCCGUGUUUGUUGAAUUACCCCCACCCCCCUUCAUCCCUAAUAUUACUCUAUCGGAAUUGCUGGAACUUCAAUUGGACCCUGAUAAUGAGGUUAGAUUAUGAUAUCGUAUACAGCUUGAUGUUGAAAGCAGUUCUGUGCCAGCUACCUUUAUCAUCUUUGAGUAUGAAGCAAAACGCUUCUUUGGUGUCAGUGGUAAUGAUCUUUUCAAUAGGACGGGUCAGAACAAUGAG